AUGGGGGAUCGUUCUGUUAUUUCGGGCAGAAAACGAGGCCCUCUAGAUGUAAGCUGGAUUAUAAUAUGCCCUUUUUGCUAUACAGAAUCAGAAGUCCAACUUAUCUCCAGAGCCACAAUUCAAAUUGAUGAUGCAACUGGAGCACUCUCUACAACAAUAUCAACACCAGACCUUGAAAAGUUCAUUCCCUUUACACCUGAGGAAUUAAAAGAUACAGAAGACAAUGAGAAAAGCAUUCACGAUACGAUAGCAGCAUCAGUCGACUCGGUGUUACUUUUCGCAUUUAUGUGCUCGCAAAAGACAUGCCACCAGCAAGAACCAAGCACAACAUACAACAUUGUCAAAACAUACUACAUUACACCAGCCAAGAAACCAAAAUAGAAUAGGGACGAAGGGCCCCUUUUAAAAACAUUUUGCUUUUUGAAAACCAUUUAUAAAAAUGGUCCACAAUAGCCAAUGAAGCAACAUUUCACAGAUUAAAAUCUGACAAACUUUACUUUUUGUAUAUUGCUUCAAAUGCACAAAUCUGUUAAGAACUACGUAUCAAGAAGCUUUCAGUGCUUGUAGGAAGACAAUUGCAAUAUGGCAAUAUUACUUUCUUCUGUCUCACACUGCAUUUCUUUAAAUUUUUUAUUAUUCUAUUUUUAUUUAUUUAUUUAAUUUUUAUAUGUAUUAUCUACGGUUUAUCAGAAACCAAUAUAGGCAAUGUACUUUAAUUUUCAGUAUAACACCAUAUUCAUUUCAUCUUCUUACGUAAUAUUUGAGGACACUGGGCCGUCCUUAGGAUGGCCCUCUGAUUUCCCUAGUAUAUAUAUAUAUAUAUAUAUACACGAUAAUGCAUGUAAAUUGAACAUUUUUUUAAUUUGAUGACAAGGCAAGAAAGGUGUCCCUUCACAUUUUAAACACUAAAUAAGUAAAAGUUAUAUAUAUAUAUAUAUAUAUAUAUAUAUAUAUAUGCCCCUGUAAAACCAAAUAAUAACUUGAGGGAUCAUUUACAUAAAUCUUGUAUUUAUAUAUACAUAAAAACUUAAAAAGUUAGGCUACAGUAUAUA